UAUCGCGAGCAUUUCCAUUGCUUGGACUGCCUGAGCAAGAUGUUUUGUGAAGAAGGAGAGAUGAUACGUCACUACAAGUGGCACAAGAAGCGGGAUGAAUCCCUCCAGCAUGGCUUCUUCCGCUACAGCCAUCGAUAUCUCCAUGCUCCUCGCUCGUACGCUCGCUCUGCUCGACUCUGCCUCUGUCUCGACCUCUACCUCUGUCUCGACUCUGGACUUCUGUCUCGCUCUACUCUGCUUCGACUUCUACCUCUGCCUCGACUCUACCUCUGUCUCGACUCUACCUCUGUCUCGACUCUACCUCUGUCUCGACUCUACCUCUGUCUCGACUCUACCUCUGUCUCGACUCCGCCGGAUUGCGACAAGGUGUACAUCAGUACGUCAGACGUACAGAUGCACGCCAACUACCACCGCAAGGACAGCGCGAUCAUGAUGGAGGGGUUCCAGCGCUACCGAGCCACCGAAGACUGUGGCUCGCCCAAGUGUCAAUUCUACCAGCAGCGAACGACGCACUUCCACUGCCGUCGUACGGGAUGUUCGUUCACGUUCAAGAAUAAGGCUGACAUGGAGAAGCACAAGGCUUACCACAUCAAAGACGAACAGCUUAGACGGGACGGCUUUAAGAAGUUCAUGAAGCAUGAACACUGCACGUACGAGAAUUGCCGAUUUUCCAAAGUGUGCAACCACAUACACUGUAUAAGGCCUGGCUGCCACUACGUGCUGCACUCGACCGGCCAGCUGUACUCGCACAAGCGCAAGCACGAGCGCCGCGACUCCGAGAACUCCUACAAGAAAUUCAAGGAGGUGUCGUUCUCGACGACGCCCAACGGCACGACGACACGCACGACCAUCACGACGCCGUUCAACCAGAAGACGCUCCCGUCGUCGUUUGCGAGCUUCGCGACCCUGCUGACGGGAGUCGACCUCGCGGGCGUGCUCAACCUCUCCGUGCCGCCGCCGCUGCCGACGCGGUCUCUGGAGGCGAAGCCCGAGGAGGUGGCGCCGCCUGGUGAGCUGCAGGUGAAGCGGGAGCCGAAAGAGGAGCUGGGCGAGGCGAGCACGUUGGAGUGUGCGAUGAGGAAGAAAGAGAGAGACGAGGAGUGGAAGAGCUACCUGGUCAGGUUUACGGCUAACGAUCCGUGCCAGCCCACCUGUGAGUUCCUCUACAAGGACCACUACCACUGCACGGCCCCAGAUUGCUCUGCCAUCUUCAAGUCCAAGGACGGCAUACGCUGGCAUGCAAGGUCGCAUGAGCAACAGGAUAUUGUUGCACGGACUUGCUACUGGAUGUACGAGGCCAACAACCCGUGCAGACGCUUUCGUGACGGCGUAGACUGUCCCUACAGUGGCCGCGACAAGCACUACCACUGUAAAUGGCCCAACUGUAAGGAGACAACGCCUGUGACGGCCAACCCGUUCCAGCUGCUGGACCACUACAAGCAGCACGUGCACACGCCCGCCUACCCGCCCGACGAGCGCUUCUACCCGGUGAACUCCGGCGGCGCCGUCAUCGGCUACAUGGGACGCCGUAAGCGCGGCCGCCCACCGAAGAACCACAUCCUCGACGCCGGCGCCCCCUACGCCGUCCAAACCCCCGUCAUCACCGCCGCGCCCGCGUCGGCGGCGGCGGCGUCUCCGCCAGGGGGCGCCGGCAUCCCGCGCGUCACCCUCGUGAAACAAGAGGACGGCUACAGCAUCGUGAACGGCGAGGGCGCGGCGGCGGCGGCGGGGGCGGGGCGGCGCGGGGGGUUCGACGCGUACGAGACGGGCGAGGCGUGUCCGGACGACCGCUGCCCGUGCCGCGGCCGCCGGCACUUCCACUGCCGGCAGCCGCGCUGCCACUACGUCACCGACCGCGACGACCUGCUGCUGCUGCAUUCCAAGGACUUCCACGACAACAUCGAGAUCCUCGACGGAUUCGCGUUCUACGACCGCAGCGUCGACUGCCGCAUGCGCCGCUGCGAGAGCAACCGCACCAACCGGCACUUCCACUGCACGCGGCCCGGCUGCGCGUACUCGUUCGUGCGCUACAGCACGAUGGCCGUGCACGACCGGCGGCACCGCGAUGACCCCGGGCCGACCCCGCCGCAGAAGAAGAUCAAGCUGACGGUUCACGACCCGACGUCGCUGCAGACGAAGACGACCGUGAUACUGUCGAGUCCGCCGCGCGACUCGCAGGCGUUCCUCAACCCGUCGCAGCACCUCGCCGAGAAGAACACCGUCAAGGAGCAGCAGUUGUUUUACCCGGCGGAGCUGUGCGGCCGGCCGUUCUGCAAGCUGCGCAAGCGCGAGCACUACCACUGCGGCGCGUGCGGACAGGCGUUCUCCGGACUAGAGCGACUGCGACCGCAUCUCGCUCGUCAUGAGGUGGACGGAGGCAGACUCGCCGCCGCGCUCGCGCUGCCCCCUGGCGACCACGAGGGGGCGCCGCCGCCGGACGCCGCGACGAGCGACUCGCCGAUGGACCUCAGCAACGACGACACGACCCAGGAGAAGUUGACAGAGGGCGCCACCGAUAGCCGCGGGUCUUCGCCGGGGGGCGCCACCGAGGCGUCGUCGUCGUCGCCCGCGCUGCCGGCCUAUCAGCCGGUGAUCCUCACGCACAUACUGAACGGUUACCGCCAGGGGGCGCCGCCGCCGCCGGGCCAGCCGCCGUCGUCGAAUUCGGACAGCGGUGACUCUAAGAGCGAGUCGUCGAGUUCGGAGACGGACGACGGUGAUGGGGAGGAUCCGCAGCCGCCGCCGCCGCGCCUCCCGCCGCACUUCUUCCAGGUGCUGCCACCUGGAUUGAUCCCGGUGCCUUUCACGAUGCCGCUGGCGUUCGGCGGCGCCUCCGCCGGUCUGAGCGUGCCGCAGGUGCUGCCGUUCGCCGGCCACCACCACCGCACGGCGCCACCAUCGUUCGCUCCUGCCGCGACACUCGCGCCGCAGUUUGCCACCUCGACGACGAUGUCACCGCAGCUGUGCGCGUCGGCGUGGCAACCGCGUUCCACCGACCCCGCGGCGAAGACCGACAUCGGCAAGUUACUCCCACCACCCCCCGCCGCCGCUGCCGCCGCCGCUGCCGCCGCCGUUGCCGCGGAGACGAACAACAAUGGGAAGGCGGACGACGCCGCGGCGAAGGUCGCGGUGAGGACGUCGGGCGGGAAGGAUGACUUCAUGCCGGAGGGCUACACGCGUUUCCGCUACAGCGAGGACUGCUCGUACAUGCGCUGCUCGUACCGCAACCAGCUGACGCACUUCCACUGCAGCCGCGCCGACUGCGGCUACAGCUUCUGCGAUCGCGCUCGCAUCGUGCAGCACACGGCGCGCCACGAACGCCUCGACACGCUCAUGGGCAACGAGUUCAAGCAGUUCCGGCAGAACAUGGAGUGCGGCCGCGAGGGUUGUGAGGAUGCGAGCAAGUCGUCGCACUUCCACUGCGGCAAGUGCGAGUUCACGUGCACCGACACGAGCAAGGUGGUCGCGCACCGACGACAGCACGCGAAACUCGACAACAUCGCUGCCGCCGGAUUCGAGAAGAUCAACGCGAUCACCGAUUGCGCGCACGACGGGUGCAACUACAAGAUGAAGCAGACGCACUACCACUGCUUGAAGUGCGCUUAUGCCGUCGUCGGCCUCUCCAGCAUGGAGACGCACAAGUUCAAGCAUCUGCAGUGAUGCGCAGCAUCCGCGAAUUCCUCCACCGUGUGCGAGGACCAUCAGUGAUGCACGUAUCCACUGUGCCAGCAUCCGAGAAACCCCGCCGCUGGUGAUUCAACGCUUCCGUGGCGGGCGACCGUGAGCGAUGCGUGCUGGCCUCUGGUGACGGGUGACGGCUGAUCGCCAGCGACGGGUGCCGCCCUCUGGUGACGGGUAACCGCGGGUCGCCGGUGGCAGGUGCUGCUCUCUGGUGGCGGCAGGACGACUAACAGUUGCGAGGCGAUGCGUUCGCUCGCACAGACGAUUUAAUGGCCAGUUUGAUAAACGAUACGAUGUGUAGCGUUUUUCUUUUUUUUUUACAUAGUUUAAUUAGGCGAUCGUCGUCAUCGUUGUUGUCGCAAGAUGACGUCACGUCAUGACAUGCCUUAGAAUGACUUCAUCUAGUCGUAUAUCCAUUCAUGUACAUUCUGGUCGGCUCACGACCCGGGAUGUAUGUAUUCUGUACGGAGGGGGUUGUCGUUAGAUAUUUAAUCACAUAAUUCAUGUGCCUAUGCAGUAGCGAGAUAAAAACCGUGUGAUAUUGGAGUGGUGUGUUUUUAUUAUUGAGGAUCUAUGUGUGUAUGCGUGUAGGCACCGUAGUCAUUCUGGGUGCAGUGAAGCGAUAUCUUCUAAUGCAAGUGUCAAGUAUCAGGUACAAGCUGCAAUCAAGUCAGAAGUAGAGGUUCUACACCCGUUAGCCCCCCCCCCCCCUGUUCAACAGUCUCUCUCAUCUCUCAGAUUUGUGUUGCAUUGGUGGGUCGACUGACAUACCGCGUGUAACAUCCGUUUGGGUGAGAAAGCACGUUUUUUGAAGUGGUAUAGAAUGAGUUGGAGAAAAAUAUGCUUCACGUUUUUGACUCGCGGUUUCUAUACGUAGUUAAAAUUAUCAUCUCUGCCAAAGCGCCAAGCGUGUCGAAAUGUCACCUCCACUGCUCACAUGCACUGGGUGCCCCCUAGUGGUUCUUUGUGGCACGAUCAGCCAUUUUGAUUUUUUACUUUGGCAAUACCAGAUGGUAUCUAUCGAGCAAUCAGGGACUAUUUGGACCUCUGGCAAACACCGUUCGUGCCUUUUAACUUCCCUGUAUUAUGUUGUAGAUUAGGGAAGGUCCGGUGAAAAGGAAUUAAGUAAUGCUGGCUGGGAAGCAGUCAGACGCAGGCCUGUAAUGUUGGUUUGUGAUGCGUUGCUCAUUCGAGUUGGGAGUGCUUAACGUUUAAAUCGUGUUCGACGCACAUUGGUGCGUCUGCUGAUUGUGCAUGUAUAUAUAUAUAUAUACAUAUACAUAUAUAUAUAUAUAUAAUAUAUAUAGUGAUAUAUAAUAUGUACGCACGCAGUACCUAACCAUGAUUCCAUCUUAUUAUUUCUUGCCAUUUUCUAACACAAGGUGGCGUCCCUUGUCGCAGACUGUGCGGAGAAACCAGAGGGCAGAGCGGGCGUGCCUUCCUUGAAAAUGCCAUCCUAACUAUACUGUUAAUUCGACUUGAGCCCAAAAUAACCAGCUCUUAGCUUUGAUAUAAAUGAGGCAUUUUAUCGGUAACCUAAUCAGUUAAUUUUAUUAUGUACAUUUAAUUACCUGUGUUUAUACCGUUUGUGUUCAAAGAAACGUUUACCGUGUGCCUCUACCAAUAAGAUAUUUAAUAAUUAAUCAUGUGCCUCAAACAAGAGUCGAUGUGUAUAUAGUUUAGGUCAGUACGUUUUUGAUUAGACGCAGUUCGUUUGCGUCAUACCUUCUGUAUCGUGUGCUGAGAAUUUAUAUGUAUGAUAUGUUUCCAUUUUCCCGCGUCAAAGAUCCGUGUGAUAUGCAGAUGACAACGAGGCAGUGGGUGUGUUUAUUUGUAAACAGCCACAGGUUAGUAACAGGUGAUGAUGAUAGCCAUAGAUAUAUGGUACUUGAUAGAUUGGCUAGAUGUAGGAUUGUCUAUCUGGUGUAUUUCUAUGCUAGCACGUGUGUGGUUGAAGGACCAUCUACACGCGGUUGUUCAUGUUUAGUUUGUGGUCUUAGGCAGGAAGAACUGCAAAGGUAUUUGAUUAUAAAAGCUGUCGUUACGAUUGUGUGUAAAUGCAUUGUAGGUGCGUUCCUGCAGAUGCUGUCGAUUUCCUUCUGAAAUGUUUGCUUGUUUGUUUUUUUCUCUAUAAUUUAAUCACUUACAAGAAAUCGCUGAUGUUAUAUGAAUAAGUAUAGCAAUAAUUUCAUUGUGAUAUCACCAUCAAACGAAAUAGGAUGAAUAAUUUAUUACUGUUUUGUAAUAUUUGGGCUCUUAUAACCAUUCGUGCCUUCGGUGAUAUACCUUCUAAAAUCUAUACUUAAUAGUGUUGCGACUUAACUACAACGGUUCUAAAUCAAAUGGAAAUCACAACAAACAGACAGAGAACCAAGUAACACAUGAUCUGUAUUACCAUGUCGGUCUCCUGAUAUCAUUAGAAGGCUUGUCGUGCAGCAUAAUAUAUAUGUUAUAUAUAUAAUUAUAUAUAUAUAUUAUGCUGACGUACGACCGGUUUUAUGUUGUCAGCUAUUCCAACAGGCCAUCAGUCCAGUGUCUAUCUGCUCAACAGUCGAGUCACGUGUUUGUGUGUGUUUGAAGAAAUGUUAUCGCCGUCAUAUGUGCCUUUCGAGUUACCCGGAAGACUGUUUCUGCCGGCAUUCGCGAAAAAAUCGCUCCUGCUACUGUAUCGUUCCCGUACGUCGGCGUUGCACCGGAUACAGUCUGAUGUCGUGACCACGUGACCUGCCGACGUAACGUGCUCAAGCGGGAUCACAGCGACAGGACGGACGUCGGCACGCGCUCACUCCCACCACCAGGGGGCAGAGCGGUGUAGUUACAGUGGAAGGAGCGUGAUCAAGUCUGGUCGCUGUACGGUUUUUCUUGUCGAUGUGUGUGCGUAUGUGUGCGUGCUGUUGGUGCUUUCAUUUUAAAAGUAAACAUGGUGUGAUGCACACAACUACACA